CAUUUCGAUAAGAUUGUUCGCGUAGUGCGCGUAGUUUAUCAGCGCGCUUUAAGCGAUCGGACGUAGACACUUACGGUGCGGUCUCAUUGCAAAAUGGACAGUAGUACUAAGCCGAAUCUUAAGAAUCCAUGUCAGCAAGCCAACAUUCUAUCCCAUCUGACGUUUGCUUGGGCUUUGCCAUUAUUGUUGCGUGGAUUGCGACAAGGUCUCAGUGCAGACGAUCUAACAGAAUGCCUAAAGGAUGAUCGCUCAGAGCAACUGGGCAAUCGGUUGGAGCAUGAGUGGUUUAAGGAGCGGGCGAGGGCUCAAAGUAAAUCGCGAAUACCUCGACUUCGCAACGCUUUGCUCAGUUGCUUUUGGAGCCCCUUUAUCAUCAAUGGCGUUCUGUGCGUUGUAUACAUUGCCCUCAAAAUGUUGAUAGCCGCUAUUUUAGCGCAACUGCUGCUGCAGCUGCAACAUAAACCGGAAGCCGACAUAUAUAAUUCCAAUUCUAACCCUUCUUCGAGUGGCUUUAACUUAAGCUCGUCUGUAAUAGAGGUCAAUGUAAGCUACUCAAAACCUUUGGAUACAGCUACACCCUCAAAUAAGUCGAAUAAUAGCACAUGGAAUGCCAUUUGGUACAAUGUCUACAGUCUUGGUGGUCUAUUGGUGGGCAUAAAUUUUAUUGCUUGCAUUCUUUGGCACCAUUUGUAUCUGCGCCAACGUCUAAUGGGUGCUCGAAUGAGAAUUGCCUGCUGCUCGCUGGUCUAUCGUAAGACUCUCCGUCUGUCUAUGCGCACAGUAGGCUCUACCCCAGCGGGUCACCUAAUUAAUCUAAUCUCAAAUGAUGUAAGCCGGUUAGACUAUGCUUUGGUAUUCGCGCAUUAUAUAUGGAUCUUGCCAAUCCACUCGGUGGUCACAUGCUACAUUUUAUGGCUACAAAUUGGAGUUCCAGCUGUCAUUGGUGUACUUGGACUCCUGCUGAAAACGGUGCCGGUGCAGAUGGCGCUAAGUAAACUGACCUCAGCUCUACGGAGGCGCAUAGCAAAACGGACAGAUGUACGCGUUGGCAUCAUGAACGAACUAAUGCAAGGCAUUCAGGUUAUCAAAAUGUACGCUUGGGAAGACUCCUUUGAGACCAUUGUGUCCGAUGCUAGGCGCAGCGAGGUGCAACAGCUUCGAUACGCCAACUACCUGUAUGGAUUCCAGCGCACUACCAGGUUUUUUAUUCAACGCACAACACUAUUUAUUACUCUAGCAGCUGCCGCCCUAAUGAAUCAGAGUAUUACAGCUGAUUUUGUUUUCUCCGUGGUUAUAUAUUACAACAUACUUCAGCUUGUAGCAGCAGUUUACUUUCCCCUGGCAAUUAAUUUGCGUGCCGAGGCGUUGGUCUCACUAGUGCGCAUUCAGACGUAUCUACAACAGGAGGAGCGAAACAAUGUACAUAGCCUUGGCCAGAACUGGGAAAAAGAUGGCAGAUAUAAGGAAGCCGCUGUCCUAAAGGAUAUCAAUGCCAGCUGGGACAAGGACAAGCCGCAACGCACGCUUCAUAACCUCAAUUUGUUGGUUAAAAAGGGCAAGCUCUGCGCAGUCAUAGGUCCAGUUGGAUCAGGCAAGAGCUCCUUGCUCCAGUUGUUACUGGGGGAGUUACCCAUCAUUGAUGGUAGCAUUUUCAUACAUGACGAACUCUCCUAUGCAUCCCAGGAGCCUUGGCUCUUCACAGGAACUGUGAGGAAUAAUAUUCUCUUUGGCGAGCAGUACGAUGAAAAGCGCUACCAGGAAGUAACUAGGGCCUGUGCUCUGGCCACGGACUUUCAGCAGAUGUGCAAGGGUGACAAGACAAUUGUGGGAGAGCGUGGGGCCUCGCUAUCUGGUGGUCAACGAGCUCGCAUAAGCCUGGCACGGGCCGUCUAUAAACCAGCCUCCAUCUACCUUUUGGAUGAUCCAUUGAGCGCUGUAGACGCACAUGUUGGGAGACAUCUCUUUGACGAGAUCAUUGGACCACGUGGCAGACUGGCUCAGCAGAAGGCUACCCGUAUACUAGUCACUCAUCAAGUACACUUUCUCUCAGAAGCUGACUGGAUUGUUAUAGUGGAACACGGCCGCAUUGUAGCCCAGGGCACUUAUCAGGAUAUUAUCAAUAGUGAUCUAGAUUUUGCUAAGUUACUCGAAUGUCCCAGCAAAUCGGAGGAAUUGGAGAGUGAAAUUCAAUUACUGCCCACGGCAACAUCAGUUGAAGUUGAAGACCAGGACGAAGAUGAAGAUGUUGAUGUCGUUUCUGAUAGCUCGAUGCCAUUACGAAAGCGCCGGAGGAGCGAUAACACGUCUAAAACUGAAGAUCAGCUGAAGGUUGACCAAAGGAACAAUGGCUUAGUUGAGACCCAAGCAACGGGAGUGAUUUCAUCUCGUGUUUGGUACGAGUACUUCCAAGCGGGCAGCUCAUGGUUAAGCUUUAGCUUCAUGGUGUUCACCAUGUUGCUAUCGCAGUUGGUGUGUAGUGGCUCUGACUACUUUUCUAAUAUCUGGACGCAGCAGGAGCGUCUGCGAUCUCAGGGUGAGCCCACCAAUCUUACCACCUACACGUGCAUGUACAUUUAUGGUGCCCUUAUCCUUGGCGUGGUGAUUAUGACUACCUUCCGUGGCUUCCUUUUUCUCAAGACAUGCAUGCACGCCUCCAAGGUCCUGCACGACCGAAUGUUCAGGAGUAUAUUGCAUGCAUCCAUUCGAUUUUUUCACAAUAACACCGCUGGUCAAAUUCUCAAUCGGUUUUCGAAGGAUAUUGGAACAAUGGACGAGUGGCUGCCUAGAAACAUGCUAGAGUUUAUACAACACGGCUUGGUUAUAUUUGGUAUAUUAGCUGUGAUUCUAGUGGUGAAUCCUAUGUUAUUACCUGUCGUGCUGGCUAUGGCUCUUCUGAAUAUGCUCGUACUGAAGGUAUAUUUACGACCCUCGCAGGAUCUUAAGCGCAUGGACGGUAUCUGUCGCAGCCCAGUUUUUUCACAUCUGACCUCAACUUUGUCUGGCAUUCCGAUCAUACGCUCACGCCAGAUGCAGAGCAUAGCAACAAAAGAGUUUGAUCUUCUGCAGGAUGUGCACAGCGGCGUUUGGCAGCUAGCAGAAGCUACAAACACGGCUCUUGGACUGUGGGUGGAUGGCAUCAACUGUGUCUUCCUCGCAGCUGUCACAUUCAGCUUUAUUGCUUCCAGCGAAUUCAUAUACAGUGGCAAUGUUGGCCUAGCCAUCUCGCAAGCCAUCCUUCUCACAGGCAUGGUCCAGUAUUGCGUGCGGCAGGCAGCCGAGUCCCUGCAACAGAUGACUAGUGUAGAACGCGUGCUGGAGUACACGGAACUGGAACAGGAGCCAGCGGCCCGCGAUAACGAGGAACCUUCUCAGCAGUGGCCGCAAAACGGAAAAAUUGAAUUCCGGGCUAUGAGCUUACGCUAUGAUCCCAAAGGCUUGUCCGUUCUCAAUCAGCUUAGUUUGACUAUUGAACCGGGCUGGAAGGUGGGAAUAGUGGGUCGCACUGGUGCGGGCAAAUCCUCGCUAAUUGGCGCACUUUUUCGUCUGGCAUACAUUGAGGGUGGCAUCUAUAUAGAUGACAUCGAGACGGGUAGUAUUUCCCUGGAGACUUUACGUACCCGCAUUUCCAUCAUACCACAAGAUCCAGUGCUCUUCUCGGCUACAAUUCGAUAUAACUUGGAUCCUUUUAAGCGGUACAGUGAUUCGGAGCUGUGGUGCGCUCUUGAAGAUGUUAAACUGCGGACGGUGAUUCCCGGUCUAGACUUUAUGGUCACCGAGCGUGGCAGCAAUUUCAGUGUGGGUCAGCGACAGCUCCUCUGCUUAGCGCGUGCGGUUCUACGCAACAACAAGAUUCUAGUGCUGGAUGAAGCAACUGCCAAUGUGGAUCUACUCACGGAUUCACUGAUCCAGCGCACGAUACGUGUCAAGUUUCAGCACUGUACAGUGCUGACUAUCGCACACAGACUGCACACCGUCAUGGAUUCGGAUCGCAUCAUUGUUAUGGAUGCCGGAUAUGCGGUUGAAUUUGAUGUGCCACAUGUGCUAUUACAAAAAACACAAGGAGCACUAGCACAGAUGGUCGAAGCUACCGGCGGCGAGGCCGAUACACUUCGACAGUUGGCCAGUGAUUCAUUCCAAGAAAUGCAGCAGCCUUGGGCAAAGAAAGGCACAGAUGAGCGACAGCUGCUCAUGCUACUGGGACGCAGUACAGGGAUUCUUCUAGAUAAGAACACGCAACCGUAGAGUCUACGAGCUUAUUAUUAUUUAAGUUGUUAUUAAUUUUUUUUUUUUUUACUCUAUAAACUAAAAGUUAAAGUAGAAAUAAGGUUACUGUAACUAAGUUAGAUAACUCUGACUGCCAUAUAUAUUUAUUGGAAU